AUGUCCCGCAAAAGCAUCGAAAGCAGUCGUUCUCCAAGCUUGUGGAACCGAGCACUUUCAAUCCGCUCCAACAACCGGAGCAGCGGUAACGGUACCUCCACCAACUCCUCCUCUCACCACCACUCUUCACGCCGUGGCUUCAACCUGUCCUCCCUCCGGGGGACCAUCCAGCCCGAGAUGUCCAAGAAGCUCUAUCGUCUAAUCAAGUCCGAAAACAACCUGAUUUCCGCGCACGAGACGGCGGCCAAGGAGCGCCUCUCGAUCGCCCAACAGCUCUCAGAAUGGGGCGAGCAGACUUCGGACGAAGGCAUCAGUGACAUAAGUGACAAGGUAGGCGUGAUCCUGUCGGAGCUGGGCGAGCAGGAGGACAACUAUGCGCACGCGCUGGACGAUAGCCGCGGCACGCUGAAAGCCAUCCGUAACACGGAGAAGAGCGUGCAGCCGAGCCGGGACGGCAAGAACAAGAUCGCGGACGAGAUUGCGAAGCUUAAGUCCAAGGAGCCCGAGAGCACAAGGCUGGUGGUACUGGAACAGGAGCUCGUUAGGGCCGAAGCGGAGAAUUUGGUUGCUGAGGCGCAGUUGUCGAAUAUUACUCGUCAAAAGCUUAAAGAAGCCUACACAGCCGAGUUCCUCGCCACCAUCGAGCGCGCCGAGAAGCAAGUCAUCCUCGCCCGCCACGGUCUCCGUCUGCUCAACCUCCUCGACGACACUCCCAUCGUCCCUGGCGACGCCGGUAUCCCGUACACACAGGGCCACCAAGCCAGACAAAUCCUCAACGAUGCCGAAGACGAUCUGCGUGACUGGCGUCCCACGACGACGGCGCAGGACGAGGACGCCAAGUAUGUUACUAGCAACUCGCCUCCUCCUCAGUGUCAGCAGCAGUACGCUCAACAGCCACUCCAGGCUUCGCAGCCGAGGGCGGAAGGUCAGCAUUUGCAGGAGGCACAACAGCAGCAGGUAGCCCAGCAGGUAACGCAGCAGCAGCCGAGGGCGGAGGGUCAGCAUUUGCAGCAGGCUGUACCGCAGCAGUUGAAUGAGAAGGAAGAGUAUGGUGCGAGUUUGACCGGGACUGAGACGAAUACGACUGGAACUGGGAGUGUGGCAGGGGGUGCUCAGGAGCGCCAGGUUCAGACGACCAUUGUCUGA